UUCUUACAGCUGCUGUCACACAAGCUUCAUUGCAGUCGAUGCUCCAUAAGAUCCUCACAGCUGACCGUCGGCUUUCAAUAUCACUACUAUACUCUCUCAAGCUGCUCAACUCUCCAACCAAGGAUCAGCACGCCACAGACAAUGCUGGCCCCCUCAAACCCCUCCUCAGCACGCAGCCCGCCAUAUCACAGCAAAAAGUGAGUACCCCAUCAGGGAAGCAGGCAUCUCAUCCCCAGCCCACAUCCCAACAGCCCCUCUCCAGCGAUAAGCAGCACAGUCACGAUGCCACAACCGCUUCUCCACGCACGCUCCAGCGCCAAGGCAGUCAGAGGAGUCCCUCUCCGGGUCCCAACCAUGUCGCCUCCAGCAGCAGCAGCAGCAACAACCACAACAACGCCCCCAACUCCACCUCCGCUCCCCCAUCUGCCUCUGCAGCCCGACCCUCCUGCACCUUCACCCCCACCCUCGCUGCUCACUUCAACGAGAAUCUCAUCAAACAUGUACAGGGGUGGCCGGCCGAACACGCAGAGAAGCAGGCAUCAAGACUACGUGAAGAGGCUCACACCAUGGGGAGCAUCUGUAUGUCUGAGAACUGCACCGAGCUCAAAAACCUGCGCUCUUUGGUCAGAGUCUGUGAAAUCCAAGCAACAUUACGUGAGCAGAGGAUACUAUUUCUCAGACAGCAAAUCAAAGAACUCGAAAAGUUGAAGAACCAGAAUUCUUUCAUGGUCUGAGAACUUCUGUUAGCUAGACGGAGCUGGAGUCUGAAAAAGGGGAGGAAGACCCAUUGCACAUAGUUUGGAAGCUGGAAGGAGAGCAGUUGUUUGGUUCCUCUUAAGCCCAGUCGAAACACACACACACACAGGAGCUGCAGACGGGUUUUGCUUUGGACCGUUUGGGCUGCGACAUCCGAGAGGGAAACAUGAGGAGCUGCUGAGGGGAGGAACAGGAGAAGAACGAGGGGGAGUUGUUGGGGUGGUUUUACAAGACUCGGUUUUGUAAAAAAGAAAACCACAGCAGAAAAAAAUGUAGAUUUCUUGUAGAUGUUAUUAUCUAUGUUGUAAAUAUGUUUUGUAGAUUGAAGCCAUGGAAAGCCAUGCCUAUCAAAGCUUUUGACAUCCAAACUAAUCAACGCCUAGGCGGCUACGUUCAUUAGCUAGCCUUUCCUUCAUGUUAACUCAUCUGCAGACUUCAAGCUUCAUUUCGUUAGUUCAUAGAUCGUUGAACCGUUUGAGAGCGAGCGUGUGACCUGAGUGUGAAGGGAGGAGGAUGUUUGGAGUCGAUUAUUUACACAAAAACCUGUCAGAAAUCAUAACACACUGGUAGUUUUUCCCCUUCAGAAUGUGCUAAACUGAGUCUAGAUUCUUUUCCUGUAACCUUUACUCCAACAUCGGCUCUCUGCAGGUUCGUCAGAACUCGUCAGCACUGCUCGCAGAGGUUCAGUGAUUUAUUUGCAGCUUCUGGUGGCCCUGCAUGUCCCAGUCUGAAGAAAAAAAACACAGUGCCUGGUGGUGUGAUGGAGUGAGUGAUUGAGAUGAGAGAUGUGAUGGCGUGCUGCUUUGGACCAUUCCCACUACCCCUCUCCUAGCCUCGGCCCUGCCCUGCCACUCCCUGAGACUCCCAACACCUCACACCCUCAUGUUGUUUUUUGUUUUUGUUCCUCUUUUACCCUCCUGGUUCAUUCCUUUGUACAGUCGCUAAUAUACGGUGGAGUUUUAAGAAGAGGACGCAGAAUAAAAAAGGUUUUAUUUAUAAAGAGUUGUAGUGGUGAGCAGUAAAUCACAAUGAUAUCAAGGAUAUGAUGGUGGUACUGGGAUGUGUGUAUGUGGAUCACCUUUUUGUGUCAGAGCAGGGCGGCAGAGGUCACAAGCUCAAAUGUGAAAAUGUAUGUAUUGUAAUAAACAUGUUCAACUAAAGCGA